AUGAAGAACUACCAAAGAGAAAUGUUUGAAUAUGGAUAUAUCAAAGAACAUAAUUUUGACAACUUAUCACCAAAAUCAGAUUUCCACGAAUCAGACUGUGGAAUAACACCUAAUAUGGAAGAGAAAAGCAUGGACGAUUUUUGUUUUAUGAAGAAUUCGAGUUGUACGGACGGACUCGAUAAUCAUGAUCAAAAUGGCGACGGGUCACAUGAACAAGGUUUAAGCCGAGAAGAGCGCAGACGCAGGAGAAGGGCAACACAAAAAUACAGAACGGCUCAUGCUACUAGGGAAAGGAUUCGUGUAGAGGCUUUUAAUGUAGCAUUUUCUGAGCUCCGAAAAUUAUUACCAACACUACCUCCAGAUAAAAAAUUAUCUAAAAUUGAAAUUUUAAGAUUAGCUAUUUGUUAUAUAUCUUAUAUGACUCACGUUUUAGACCUAGGGUGA